AUGGCUACUGGGCACGCACCAGGCAACCCCGUUCCAGCUAUAAGAACAUACCCGCCGGUGGAGCAUCCAGUGGUGAGAAUAGUUGAGCUCGCCGUCAACAGUGAUUUUAAGGGGUCUGACAUUAAUGGCACCCUCAUCUUCCAGGUCAAGAGUAAACUAUUAAGCCUACAUCGUCGUUUGCUGAAAGAUGCAGCCGGAAACACCCUUGUCAAUCUCAGGCAGAAGAUAAUGGCCAUGCGUCGGAGGUGGGAGGCUUUUAGAGGAGAAAGCAAGGAGAAGAGUGAUUUGAUUAUCACAGCCAAGAAAUCAAAGCUGUUCCAAUUCAAGACUGAGUUAGACGUGUUCUUGGCUAACAACAAAGGAGACGUCCCUGAUUUCAAGGUCAAAGGAGGCUACAGAGAGAGUUCCUGCUCUGUACUUCUUGGAGAUUCCAAUACCAUGCUUGCACAGAUGCAUAGAAGACACACUAUCGCGACUACUAUUAUGGAGACAGAUAGUUUUGGAGUGACUGUGUAUCCUAAUGUUGAUUAUGCCUUCAUAGUAGCUCUUGUGGUGAUUCUCGACGAGAUCAAUGCGGAUCGCAGUGGCGAAGAUUAAAUACAACUCAUGGAGUGGUUCUUGAUUACAUCAAUUAAUGCGGAUCGCAGUGGCGAAGACUGUUUUAUUACGAGUGAAGCUCUCAAGUUUAAUUGCAAUUCAUGUUUUAUUGCUUUUCCUUAAUGUAAAAAUGUUUGCCUUGUGGGUGAAAUAAAGAUGUUUUCAGGCAUAAGGU